GGUGGCCCGGGCGGCAGAGGACGCGGACGAUGGUGAGCGCGGCCGUGCGGCCUCCCUUACCGCCCGGCAUGGCGGCACGGGAUCCUCCACUGUCUCAAGGCUCCCCGCCCGACCCCCCUCUCUUAGCCCAGGCCCCGCCCCUCGCGUUGACCUGUGACCUCCGACCCUUCCCCCGACCCCUCCGUGGGCUGCCCGUCGACCCCACUCUUGACUCUCUCUGCGACCCCUGACCCUAGGUAUGCUACCAGGCCCUGACAACUCAUUCAUUUCCGGGUCGCGACUGUCUCUUGUCUCCCCCUCCCGGAAAUCGCUUGGGGUGGGGUGGGGUCCCUGGAGACCCCCCUCUCUGAGCUGUUCUUCGACAUGACUCCUCGUGUUCCGGGCGUUUGAGGUGUGGGUCUGGGUGCAUUGUAGGGAGGGGUUUGUCACUGUAACAUACAGGGCUUUGUCACUAAAGGAGGUGCGACAUCGCGCCAGACCCGUUUCCCAGGUCCCUACCCCUUUCUCUCCCUUUUGAGCUCAUACUUAUUCUUAAAGAGAGAACACCUUCUUCUCCCUGUUUGCAAACUGAGGGUGCCCACCCCUUAGGAUGGGGUAUCAGCAGAGGCUAACACAGGUACCUGCCCACAGAUGAGCUGGGGGACAUUCUUCCCUCCUCUCCCCCAACCUUCGAAAGGUGAUCCCUGUGACCAGCUGGGAGCUCAAAAACCUGCUCUGUGGUCGUGGCCUCCAUGUUGUUUGGGAUUGGAGCUCCCACCUGUGACCUGAGGUAGUGGCCACCCCUCACAGUUGGGCAGUGAUGAAUCCAGACCCCAUAGGCCAGCCCACACCCUGGAGAGUAGGUAGUGAACCACACAGAAGAGAUUCUAGACAGAGUCGUGGCCGUGAGGUCUCUGGUUCACCUCUGCAACCUCAUUCACCACACCAAAAAUCUGCUCCUGCCAUCUUCUAGAAGCCUGUUCCAGCAUCCCUACCUUUUCCCUUCCCAGUCCUUUGGCCCUCUCUAGUUAACACAGAAUCAAGUUUCAAAGACAUCAUUUUGUCUGCUUUCAAACGUAGAAAGCAUCCUUGGACUCCCUGUGGUUAGUCCUUUCAGGAGCAGCAAGUGCCCUGCUUUGUGACCUCACCCCCACCUGCCUAGCCCUUUCCUAGUGUUCUCUUCCUCUGGCUCCCAAGUCCCUUCUGCCAUGGCACCUUUGCACCAGCUGCACCUCUCUGCCGGUGGCAUUUGGCUGUUGGAGCCCGGCCUACCUUGACCCCAGUGGCUCUUGAGGGAGUUGGCGUCUAUGGCUUGAGGCCUUAUUAGCUCACAGUGGGAGGUUCAGACUUCCUCUAGAAACACAGGCAGAUACAUACUCAGGCCUUGACCAGAGGGAUCUCUGUCCCCGGUUUUUGCCUUGACUGCCUUGGCUGCCUCUCUGAACUGUACUUAGAGGUGACUGUGAGUGGCCAUGAACAGGAGAUUCAGCCUAGCAGAGUGGUCAAACCCAGCCCCAGCUCACCUGAGCAGCAGCCGCGUAUUUAAUGUGGAGUUGGGGUCUUCUGUGAAGUCUGCCCAGUCCCAGUCUGAUGCCUUAGGGAGGCAUAAGUAUGCUGGCCUCGUGGGGUCUACCUUGGACACAGCUCAGGCAAACUUUCUGAAAGGCUUGCCCGUCUACAACAAGAGCAACUUCAGCAGAUUCCACGCGGACUCCGUGUGCAAGGCCUCGAACCGCCGUCCCUCAGUAUACCUGCCGACCCGAGAAUACCCGUCAGAGCAGAUCAUCGUGACAGAAAAGACGAACAUCCUCCUGCGGUACCUGCACCAGCAAUGGGACAAAAAGAACGCCGCCAAGAAGAGAGACCAAGAGCAGGUGGAGGCGGAGGGCGAGAGCUCAGCGCCACCCCGUAAGGUGGCCCGGACUGACAGCCCCGACAUGCCCGAGGACACCUAGGUCCUGUGCAUCACCCAUCGUCUGUCAGCUGUGUCCGCUCCCACCCACGUGUGUAAGCGCAGUCCGCCUCCUACAUCCAGUCCACGCCCUCCAACCUCAUAGGACCCAUGUAUUUAUUUUCCUUGAGUUUAUUUAUGCUGUAACUCGUGUCAAGCAUUGGUUAAAGGGACAUCAGGCCCAGCCGCGAGGUGUCGGUAGAUGCUUUUUAAAGCACAGUGGUGUCCCCCACCUGCAGCAAGACCUCGUCGGGGGCCAGAGCCCAGGGAGGGCUGGCCCCCCAACACACCGAGCGGCCUUCUCGCUCCUUCCCACCCACAGGCCCGGCACCCGGGUCCCUCCCGUGCCCAGGCCUCACUCUGAGCCCUCGCCAGGGCAGGAAAGAGCUGGCCCCUCUGGAUCUUUCUCUUUCAUCAUUUAUCAUGGACUAGCCCGUGCUCCACGUCCACCCCAAUAAAAGGACCUUUCCUACUCCACACAGCGUCUUUGCUCCACAGACUUCGGCUGGAGCUGCUGGGACCUGCAGGAACCAACCCCUGCCCAGGGUCCUUGGGGUAGGGUUCCCUGGGAGACUAAGCCCAGGACAGUACCACAGGGCAGAUCAACAGCCACCCACCACUGGGCAUCAUAUGCAAGGCCCACCAGCCUCCGGCACUGGCUGGUAUCCAGCUGGCCACUUGGGAACAUUGCAGGGCUGAGGUGGCCACACUAUCAUGAGGUUUGGGGGAACUACCUGGAAUGGUAGAGUGGCUGUGCACCCUCAGCCGUGACAUGGUACACACUGCAGGUAUGAAGUUCUGGGGACCCCACACAGACUGUACUCUGCUUGUGAAGGCUAAGUUGUCUGUUUCCUAGGGGCCAUUACUUGGCUGUGGCCCUACUGACCUAUCCCUGGUAGCAUCUCAGCCUCAUAUGGUGACUUGACAACUGCGGCCAUGCCCUAUUAACUCCAGGGUGACCUUAUGGGGCUGGGGCUUCUCCUUGUACCCUGCCUCCGGAGGCCUCUCCUUUCAGACACAUGCUGAAGUUUCUGCUACUCUCAGGUCUUGGUCCAAAUUCCAAAUGCCUUCCCAUGAUUGCCUUGCUGUGCUACCACUGUGCACUCUUGGGAGUGUCACCUGGACCACCCAGGUCCCUGCAGGCUGGCCUAUGACCAGACUCGAGGCUCAGCAGGCUACUCCCCAUGCAGCCUCUGUUCCGGGACCCCUAUGAGUGCGCUAUACUCAUGUUACAUCUGGCUGAGGUGUUGGGUGCCAUGUGUGUCUGUUCCCAGACCAGAAAGGCUCCGAGGACCUCCUAGAGGCCUCAUUCUGGAAGAACUGGGGUGCUUAGCCUCCAGCCACGAAUCUAGCAAGGCUCUUUCACUGCUCUGACCUCGAGCACUGUUGAAAUAGACUUUUUAUUGCAUUUCUGCCGUUUUACAAAAAUAUGACAAAAUAAAUUAAAAACAAAUAAAUAACCACC